AUGUUGAGCCUGGUCGUGGGUUGUGGGCUGGCGGCGCUGGCUUUCGGAAUACUCACGCUGGUUGCUCUUGGCUGCCCAGGCCUUGGUUUUCGCCGGUGGCUGGCCACCAGAAGCGGUCUGAUGGCUCGAACCGAGAAGCCACUCUUCAGGAUCGCAUACUCCUUGUAUACAAAGACCAGACUAGGAUACAUUUUUCAUAAGAAGCAGCUGAAAAGGACGCGAGAGCAUUAUCCCACCGGUCACUCCAUUGUCUGUCCUAUGAACAUUAACGGUGUGAAAAUUCUUCCAGUCCCAAUACUAUCAGACAACUACAGCUACCUGGUUAUAGAUGUGGCUUCAAACUUUGCAGUAGCCAUUGAUCCUGCUGAUCCAGAAAUUAUUCAGGCAUGCCUUGAGGAAGAAGGUGCCACUUUAGAAGCGAUUCUCACAACACACAAGCAUUGGGAUCAUAGUGGUGGAAAUAAGGUACUGAAGAAAAUCCACAAAACUUGCAGAAUUUAUGGUUCCUCCAGAGAUAACAUUCCUGCUCUAACAGACCCCAUUCUGGACAAGCAGACAAUAGAGGUGGGUAAUUUGCGGUUUCAAGCUCUCUUCACACCGGGACACACAGUGGGUCAUAUGAUCUACGUCCUGGAUGGGGAACCUCACAACAGUCCCAAUUGCCUCUUCUCUGGAGACCUGGUGUUCCUGUCCGGAUGUGGUCGAAUUUUUGAAGGGAGCUCCUCGCUGAUGCUAUCAUCACUCGAUGUUGUAAGCUCCCUAGGGGAUGAGACAUUGCUGUGGCCAGGUCACGAAUAUGCACAGGAUAACCUGAUGUUUGCAGCUUCUGUUGAGCCGAACAACCCUGCUAUCUUCACGAAGCUUGAGUGGGUUCUGCGGCAGAGGCACCAGAAUCACUGUACUUGCCCAUCAACGAUAGGAGAAGAGAAAGAGUACAACCCUUUUCUGCGGACUCAUUCCAGCAGCUUGCACGAUGCCCUUGGGAUCGAGCGGCAACCCAGCGAAGACUCGACAUCCUUCAGAUCCCGGGUCCUGGAAGAGGUCCGAAAGCGUAAAGAUAUUUUCAAUUGUAGAUAGCAUUCUGAAAUCCAAACCCUGCAGCGGUAGGCCCUGUGUCCCCAUCUACCUUCCACCUUUUCCCUCUUCCUUUCUACAGGAAAUGUUUUACAACAUGCAACCAGGCAUCUAGGGGUGAGGGAAGAACAUUCCAGAAACUUGCAUGAAACUUGGAAGCACUGUCACUGCACACUUUUGCACAUGGCG